GGCUCGCCGAAAGUUAUCUGAACAAUAUCCUCAUCUUCACAACGCUGAAUUAAGCAAAACCACUUUUUACUCUUUGCUCAGAAUUUAAUUAAAAACUGAUUAACUUUAACGUUGAAAUUUGCGCGAAAAGCGCCAUCUGUUGGUCGUGUUUUCAGUCGGUGAAGGUGAAUUCCAUUUCUGUUUACAUUUUGUUUGCAAGUGAAUUUUUUGAUUAUGGUUGUUAAUUAACUAAAGUAAAUUAGUUAAUUAUCUUUUCUUGCCAAUAAUGGCUUCAGUUAUGUCCAUGUUGUUACGUCGAGGGAUUGGACAGAUGAAAAUCUCACCAGCUCAACUUCAAAUAGCCAGAAACUAUAGUGAUAUGAGAAUGUUCAAACCUGGACCUACACCUAAAACGGAAGAGGAAAGGAGAGCUGCUGCUGCAAAGUAUAAUAUGAUUCCAGAAGAUUAUCAAGUUUGGGAUGAGAAAUUGGGUUGGGGAGAUUAUCCCAAAUUUGAAGGAGUUGGUUGGGAUGCUAGAGAUCCUUAUGACGAUUAUGAUUGUGAAUAUGAUCGUUAUUGGUACGGUGAACCGGUUCACAUAGACUCAAUUCUUUGGGGACCCGUUGGUAUGAAUCCUGAUUGGGUAACUCAUAAACCAUGGUAUUACUUUUAUCUGGUUUCUAUUGGUACAGUCCUUGGAUUCACUUUCGUCGCCUUUGUCUUUGAAUACUUUAAUGUUAGAGUUAGCGGAAGAACGAAACCUAAACAAUUUCCUGGAGCAAACAAAGUCCACUAUACCUUUGAACCAGCUUACGAUUAAUAUUGAAUCGUUUCCACAAUUAAUAUAAGAAUCAAUUAGAUUUCUUCAAUUGUUGUACAUUAACCAUAAUUGAUUGAUUUGUUUUAGCGGAAAUUAAAUAUAUCCAUAUAAAUAUAAAUGAGAACUCAAACUAAA